AUGGCUGUGUAUGGGUUUCUGGGCCUGGUCUGGAUCCUGAGUGUUCUGGUUCUGUGUCUCUGCGAUGAACAGCUCUGCCCAAAGGGAGCACAAAUCCACCUGGACAGCCUGCGCUGCUAUUGGCUGUCAGCAGCUCCAUCAUCCUGGCCGCGGGCGGAGGUGGUUUGUCAGAGGCAUGAGGGCAGCGGACUGGCCGUGCUGGAUACUCUGGCGCUGCAGACCUUCGUACAGAAAUCGUUUCCAGCAGGGGGCUCUGUCUGGAUUGGACUGAAGCAGGUGGUGAGGGAAGAGCAACACCAGUCAGUUGGUCUGGGCCGAGUUAAUCCCCAGCCCAGGGACAGAGAUCAGAGCCCCUGUACUCAGCUGGACCUGGGCACAGGACACAGGAGGAACUGGCCCUGUGACAGAGAACUUCUCUUUAUCUGUGAAAAGCAGAUUACAGUUUCCCUGCCGUCGCAGGACAGCUAUGUGACAGGGCUCCCUUUAAUGAGUGGUGUAUACACACUCUCCCGCCUCAGUGCCCUGUCUGCUUCCCAUGAUAUACAGGAGCAGAAGGUCGAGAUGAUGCUGUUCCCAGGUCUGUGGUUUAGCCAUGAAGGCCAAGUGCUGUCUGUGGAUUUGGUAGCUCAGCCUAGCGAACAGCCAACCGUGACUAAAGUGCAAAUCUUACGCCCUUACUGUCAUCCAAACCAUCACCUAGUGCCUCCCGGCUGCAGCCCUCUGCUAAACUCCUUCAGCUGUUGCUCUGUCCUUCCCAUGUGUAACACGACUGGGGCCUGUCCCAGUGGGCAGUACUGGUGCCCCCUGCUGGAGAUCUGUCUGCCUGUCACCAGCCCAUGCAGCCCUUACCAUGCACUCGCUGAGGGCAGGGUUUUCCACGUUCCCCCCCGUUAUUCUGCAACGCCUCCUUUCUACCACCUAGUGGCAGAUGUGACAUUGAGAGUACCCCCAAGCAAAGAGCUCAUCCAGAUAAAUGUCCCGUUGGAAAACCGAGGAAUUACAGUGUAUCCGGAUGACGUCCUCGCAAUCCAGCACACCAGGGGGGCCGGAAAUUUCCUCCGCUGUUCGGGAAGCUCCGAGUCUGGCUGGCGGCAGAGUUACCUUUCUCUUCCUGGUCCUGAAUGGGGAGGCUGGUUGGAAGGGGGGCUGACCACUCGGCCGAGUGAAGACAGCUGGGUGGACGGGGUGACGUGCGAUGUCCGAGUCAUUUAUGCGGAUGUCCUGUACCACUACGCAACGCCUUCAGUGACUAGCGCCAGUCACAGAGACCUCAGUGGGACUCAAACCGACAGCCCAGUCAAACCACAGAGCCCAGUCUCAGAGAUCCAUGUUGUGUAUCCAAUACCUGACAAAGAAAACCAAAUACAUUUGCUGGUUAACGUCCCAACACUCAUCGUGAUAAAGAUCCUCUCAGGGCAAAGUGCCACCAGCUCCUGGUCAGCCCCAGUGUCCAAAACCAGAGUUCCCUCUUCUCCCUCUUGCCCAACAGGGAUGCCUGAAUCUCACAGUAGCUGUAAGAGGGAUACCCCUGACACAUGGUUCUCUCACGUUUAUGUGGUGCUGACCAGAGAAGGCAAUCAUACCCUUGACAUCACUGUCUCCAGUUCUGUGAACUCUAAGUCUCUAACUGUAGGACUACACGCACACCAUCCUGUGAGUGGGCUAGUCAUCCACCCACAGGGUUUCUUUCGAGUACUGGUCGGCAUUCCACAGUUGUUCAGGGCAACUGUAGUCAGCGGCUCAUCAGUGAAGUACACGUGGGUCAUCGAUAACCUGGACAAGUUUGCCUACACUGGAGAAGCUUACAGUGUCAUUUUCAAAAAGUCAGCAGAGUACAAGCUAAGGGUCACAGCAGAAAACCCUGCAAGUUCUGAGUCUGCAGAGGUUACGCUCACAGCUGAUAUAAUGAAACCCCUCACUGAUCUAUCCUUUCUCUCCAUUGAAGAAGUUGUCACUGUAAAUUCUUCCAGUCUCUACACUCUCAGAGUCAAGGUUGACAUCUCUAUAGAUGUAACAAUCAGGUGGGAUUUUGGUGAUAAUUCCUCCUCUAUAAGCCACAUUCUGUCAGCUCCACUGGAAAGGACAGAUGGAAGUCUGGACCUGACAGAGAGCCAGAUUUAUUUACAGGAUUCUGUCAACCAUACUUACCUAUUACCAGGUGACUACACACUGAGAAUAGAAGCUCACAAUAAGUAUGACCAUUUAGACAAGGCUGUGAAAAUUAAAGUACGAUUCCCGCUGAUAAGACUGCUGGUCUCACCCACCACUCAAGUUCUUCAAGUCAAUCAAACAUUUCUCUUGGAAGCCUCUCCAUUGCCAUCUCCUUAUGGGAUUGCUUACACGUGGAACUUCACAGAUGGCUCUGCAGAAAUUACUGGAUCAAGCAGCAAACUAAAUCAUGCUUUCAAGACAGCUGGUAUUUUCAACAUUUCCAUAUGUGCCAACAACACGCUAUCAGCUCUGACCACCUGGGUAGUAGUGGAAGUAGUGGAGGCCAUUUCUCAUGUCAGUUUGAGUUCCAAUGGGCCCAGUGAAGUCAAUUCUGUCACUAACGUCAUUGGCAGAGUACUUUCAGGGACCAGUCUCAAAUGGAGCUUUGACUUUGGUGAUGGAUUUGUUCUCAGAGACCAUCCUCAGAACUCAGCCUCUCACAUCUACACGUCUCCUGGGAGCUACACUGUUCAAGUGACCGUUGCCAAUGCGGUCAGCAGUGCAAGGCAGUCAAUUAAUGUAGAGGUGUACGACUUGGCUAUCAGUGGAAUCCUACCAUCGGGCUGCUUUAUGAGUGGCACAAAGACAACUCUGAGCGUGCUGCUGACAGGGAAUAUCUCACUGCUAACGUUGCACUGGAGUUUUGGAGACGGGACACCGUUGUCUAUAAGCAAAGGCAUUUCUACCAUUUCCCACACCUACACAACCCCUGGGAUUCAUCCCAUUAGUGUUACUGCUUUCAGUCCAGUGGGAUCUGCUCAUUAUCAGACUGAUAUUUGCAUUGAGGAGCCUCUUGUGGAUGUAAAACUGCUUUCACCCCAAAGUGCUGUUCCACUGGGUGAAGAGAUGUGUUUUGACGUGUCUGUCUUUCCCAGUGGACAUGGUACUUACCAAUUUUUGUGGCAUAACAGUUCCUCCAGCAAACCUCCAAUAAGAGGCGAAACUCAUCGCUGCUUUGUUUUCCAAAAGGAGGGGACACAUGAUAUUAUUGUGGAUGUUAGUAACAAAGUAAGCAGCAAAACAGCAAAAGCAACCAUCACAGCUGAAAGGCGUUUGUCAAAACUCUCGGUCAAACAGGAGGGUGAUCCUGGUGCACUGACUGUGAACAAAUCUUACUCCUUUUGGGCAGAGGUUUGCUGCAAAGUUAAUGUAACUGUUCAAUGGGACUUUGGUGAUGGCUCUCCCAAGAAGGAAGGUCAAAAUCAAUCACAUGCGUUCAGUUCUGUUGGCAAGUUCCAAGUCAGUGUCAUUGCCUUUAAUGCAGUCAGUGGAGACUCUGUGACAACAGAUGUUGAAGUACAGGGUCUGUUGUCUGACCUGGUAAUAUAUACUGAUCAACCAUUUGCAGAAGCUGGGAAAGAAAUGUUGUUCACGGUAGUGGCAAAUGACAUGAACAAUGUAAACUUUUAUUGGUCAGUGGAUUCCUUCACCACACCAAAAUUGGGAACUUCAGAGUUCAGAUAUGUGUUUCUCAAAGCAGGAGUCUAUAUGGUCAAAGUCACUGCUCAAAAUCACAUAAGUCAGAAAGAGGCGACCAGUUCAGUUGAGAUCAUAGAAAGAAUACAAGGGGUUGAAAUCGUACCUCACAGUCUCGUUUCCAUGAGAUAUUUUCCAACACAGGAAAUCAUCCCAAUGACUGCUUCUGUGACCCAAGGCACCAACUUGACCUACCAAUGGAAUAUUCAUCAGGACACAAUUAAUAAUACUGUUGCUCUUGACAAAAAUGUACAGCUAUUUGCAAGAACUCCCGGUGACGUAUCCAUCAAACUAAUGGUUUCCAAUGCUCUAAAUUCAGUGGACAGUCAUGUUUUGUUGCGGGCAGUAGAACGCGUUUCUGGAGUAAGUUUGUUAACACCUAUGACCGCAGUAUCUGCGGGGAAAUCUGUGAGGAUUUCUGCUGGUGUGGAGACUGGAUCUGACCUUCAGUAUCUCUGGUUUCUUGACUCUGGCCUUCUGCCAGUAACAUCUGAUGUGCCCUUUGUUUUCCAUGUGUUCAGAGCACUUGGAUCGUUCGACAUUCGAGUGUCCAUCUCAAAUGUGUUUGGCUCAAGGGAUGCUACCAAGCGAAUUACAGUGCAGGAAGAUGUCUCUGAGGUCGCGUUUGACAUAGAUGGGAAGAGCAGUCCUUUCUUUGUCACAACAAACAGCCUUGUAUUGUUGCAUGGCUCUGUUUAUAAAGGAAAAGCGCUAUACUGGGAGUGGACAGUGUCCUUACCAACAAGAAAGUCUAUUGUUCUGGGAAACAAUGAAUCAGUUAGCUACUCCUUCAUGGAUGUUGGGGAUUAUUGUGUGUCACUGAAUGCCUCAAAUGAUGUCAGUUGGCACAGUGUGUCACACAUGGUGACAGCUCAGGAUGCCAUCCAGGGCCUGAUGCUGAACGUAAGUCACCCCAUUGUCUGUGAAAAUGAUCCCAUUAGCUUCACCCCAGUUCUCUCUCAAGGAAGUGAUGUUUGUUUUACUUUACAAUUUUCACCAGGGAAUUUAUCCGUGGAUCUUGUUCAGAAUGAUUUCACAACUUUAACUCUUCCACUUGGAGAGCACUUGGUCACAGUGACAGCAAAGAACCGUGUUAGCAGUUCUGCAGUGUCUUUAACUGUGUGGGUAGUGGAAAGAAUUAUGGGCCUCCAUUUGGUUAACUGUUGUUCUAAUGCUCUGGAGGCAUCAAAAGAAAUUAGAUUUCAAGCACUGGUUAGCAGUGGAUCUCCAACCAAUUAUCACUGGUCUUUUCACUUGGAUGAGUUCAGUACUUCACAGGCUCUUGGGCGAGUGGUUCUCUACUCACCACCUCGCAAUGGAUCCCUGUCGAUCAUGGUGGAAGCUGACAAUGGUUUCUGCUCACAAACAUUAACCGAGCGAGCUGUUGUUCAGUUUACUGUGAGAGAAGUUCAGCUUGUUUGUUCCUCAGAUGGAGCUUUCGCAGACAAUCCCAUCAGUUUCUCAGCCAUUACAGAUGGUGGCGACAACCUGAGAUUUAAGUGGGCCUUUGGAGACACUGGCAGAGAAACCCUCAUAACUGAAUCCAAUAGUGUGGAUCACACAUUCAGUGACCCUGGGUUGUUUUUAGUCCAUGUAACUGCUUUCAAUAAUGUCAGUCAAGCCUCAGCAGACUUACCAGUUGAGGUCAAGAGACUAGAAUGCUCUUAUCCCGAAAUCUACCUGAUCCAGGAACAGUCUAAAAUUUUCAAGUCCAGACCAAGCUACUUUGAGGCAAGAGUGGAUCUAAAAGGCUGCAAAUCAUACAAGACUGUCUACCUGUGGGAAAUCUUCACGGAUCCCAGCUGUGCCAGAGAAGUCAGAAUCUCCCUCCACUCCUCAGUAGAUGUGUCCACUCCUCUUCUUUUCCUCCCUAAGAAUACACUCGAGGUCGGCGAAUACGUUCUCAGGUUCUCCACUAUGCUUCAAGGAACAUCUCUAAAACAGCACAACACAACUAGGAUCACUGUGUGUCACAGCCCGCUGGUACCCCUCAUCAAGGGAGGCUCCCACAGGGUUUGGUCAAGCCACAGUGAUUUGACAUUAGAUGGGACGGAUUCUUACGACCCUGACGCUGAGUUGGAAGUGGAUGAUCUUUUACAGUUUCGGUGGCAUUACACUGUUCUGAACACAACAGAGCCUCCAGUUCCCAGCCUUCCUGAUAACACUGUUAAAAGAGACAGCAGAACCUUUAUUCUGCCCAGUAAAGCACUACAACCUGGAAGAGUGUACCAUUUCACCCUCACAGUUCAGAAAGCCCGCAGGCCAUCUGUCUCCACAACGCAAUCUAUUGCAGUGCUUGAAGCGACGCUGAUUCCUGUGACUGUGACCUGUGUUUCCUGCCGCUCCCCAUUCUCUUUUCACAUAAGUCACAGCCGGUCUAUUGUCCUCUCAGGUCACAGUCCUCUUCACAGUGAAAGUGUUCGGUACAAAUGGAUGGCAGAGGACGAGAGAGGCGAAGCUCUCAGAUUAAAUGAAGUUACAACCUCAACUGGGGACACAUCUCCAGACCUGGUCAUCAGACCUGGGCUGCUACAGAAUGGAAUUAAAUACGUCUUCAGCCUAAAUGUGACUCAACCAGCCAGGAGGUUAUGGGGAUCUGCCAGCAUCACUUUAUUUCCAAACCAUCCUCCCUCUGACGGUUCCUGCACCAUUACUCCUAAUGACACUAUUCAUCUUUUGGAAACCAUGGUCUCUUACAGUUGCUCAGGUUGGGUGGAUAAGGACAACCAGUCAUCGCAGUUGAUAUACACACUGCAGGUGGCACUUUGUGAAUGCAGUGGGCCAUUGUGCCCCAUGGUCACUCUGUACAGGGGCACUCAGGACACAUUUGGAACCCUCCUGCCUCUGGGCAAUCAAAGCACUGAGAGCAAUAUUUCCACUGUCACUGUGCUGGUGCACAUAGAGGACAACAUGGGGGCCACAGUCACACCACUCAGGAGGAAUCUGAGAGUUGUAUUGCCUGCAACUGCUCAAAGCACAACAGGAUGGCUUAAAAACAGGAGCCAGUCAGAGUUGUGGGCUUUGCAACAACAAGGCAACCCUCAAGAUUUCAUCCCAUAUGCUGUCGCCCUUACUAGCCAGCUCAACCAGAUUGGGACCUGGAGUCCUAAAGAGUUUGAAGACAGGGCACUGAUUCGUGGGAAUGUGACAGAGUCUUUGGCCUCUCUCCCAAUCUCCUCUCUUCAUGAUGCCUCUCAGAUCAGCUCUGCUUUGGCUCUAGUCACUGCUGUCCCCAGUGAAGUGAUCUGUGAAGGCUGUGAAGUAAAAGUUCUGAAAACUACAGAAAAAAUGAUCAAAAUGAUUAAAGAGCAAGUUGGACCUGGAGAUAUCACCGCCCUAGACACUGCCGGGAAUAUUCUGCGUAUUUUAAGCAGCUUCCUGCCAGUGGGACUGAAGCCCAAAGAUGCGUCAGGCCCACGCGGUGACCACAUGAACCCCAGAACCUCCAAAACUGCUGUGUCCGCUUUGAGCCAAGUAGGAGAGCUCGUGCGCUCUCUGAUGCGUACCCGAAUGCGAGGGGAGGAGCCUCUGUCUUUGGGCGUCCCAGGGAUCAGUGCUGUCGGCGUGCGAAGUCACGUCUCCUCAAACCUGCUAUGCACAGACCCGUCCAGUCGCUGCCACUUCCACGUCCCUCCAGCGCUGAGUUCUAAGCUACGGCAGGAAAGAGAGGAGGUGGUGCAGAUCCUUCUGGAUGUGGACACAGCUGGGACCCCUUUUAUUCCACCUGCCCAGCCACCGAUCUCCACUUCGCUGGCAGCCAUGGAGUUUACCACAGCGGAAGGUCACAUUAUCCCAGUUGCUAACCUUAGCCGGGACAGUGCAAUACGAGUCACUCUGCCCAAUCGUCUUAGGAAGGACUGGGACAGGUCAUCAGGAAUCAGUGUUACCCUGCCAGCACAAGGCAGCGUGAACUUCACUGUGAAAGCACUAGACAUCAACCCUCAUGCUGGCCUCUACCUUGCAUUUAACUUCAGUCUAAAACCAGGAACUGUUGAAAAGAGCUCUGGCCACAUAAAAAUCUUUGCAGGUAUCAAACCAGUGCCUGGACCGUCCCAGAAUGCUCUCAUAAGAGAGCUCAACCUCUCUCUCUCGGCCGAAGCUCCAUCAGUGGAGAGCACCAUCUUCCUUACACCCCUUCUGAAUGUAACAGCCCAGGCUCUGUACGUGAACCUGAGCAGCUCUCUCAGUGGUGGGUCAGUGGACGCUUCAGUGUGUGUGUUCAGUUCUUUAUGCCAGUUCUUCAGCGUGGAGCAGAGUCGUUGGAGCAGUCACGGCCUGAGCCCUCUGAGUGAAACCAGCCUUAACACGGCUCACUGUCUCACCCGGCACCUCACUGCGUUUGGCGCCAGCCUUUUCGUCCAUCCAGAUGCUAUCGUAUUUCUUCCACCAUCUCAGGAACCUGUGAAAAACAUGGUUGUGGGAAUAGUGUGUGGGGUUCUGUUGACCAUCCAUCUACUGGUGGGUCUCAUCGCUCACAAACUGGACCACCUGGAAAGGCAGCGUCUCAGCUCCACCCCACUCUGUGGCCAACUGGGUCGCUACCGGUACCGGGUCCUGGUCAAAACAGGCUGGCAGUAUGGGUCUGGCACCACAGCCCAUGUUGGGAUCAGGCUGUACGGAGUGAGUAAAAGUGGGUUACGCCACCUGCAGAGAGAGGGGGCUUUUCAGAGAAACAGCCUGGACGACUUUCAGGUAGAGACUGAUGCCAAUCUGGGAGAAAUCUGGAAGAUAAGCAUCUGGCAUGACAAUACUGGUUUGGACCCGUCCUGGUACCUCCAGCAUGUGGUCGUGUGGGACAUGCAGACAGAUAACCUGUUUUUCUUCGUGGUGGAGGACUGGCUGUCUGUGGACAGGGAGAAGAGCUCAGGAAUGGUGGAGAAAGAUGUGCUGGCCUCAUGCCCUCAGGAGCUGAGACAGUUCUGGAGGGUUUUCCGCGCCCAGAUGGUGUUUGGUCUGGUAGAGCGCCACCUGUGGCUGUCGAUAUGGGAGCGGCCUGCCCAUAGCAGCUUCAGCAGGGCACAGAGGGUCGCCUGCGGUGCCAUGAUGCUCCACUUGUACCUGGCAGCAGGAGCUGUGUGGUACGGAGCAGUGGGCACAAAGGAAAACAGCAAUCCAGUUUCUGCUCAGCUCCUGGUGAACCCAGAGAACAUUUUAGCUGGGAUGACAGUGGCAGCUGUGAUGUUCCCUGUCCAGUGUAUCCUCAGCUUUCUGUUUUGGAGGACACGGAGUAAGGUGUGUGUGGAUACAGAGGUGGAGGUGCCUCCAUCCCCCAUGUCUGACAGUGUGGAAAUGGAUGUUUACCUGAGUCACCCCGUGCUCUGUGGAUCCUCUUUCCUCUCCCUGCCAAGAGGGACGCAGUCCUCCACGCUGGACGGUCCAUCACCAUUCUCUGAGUCAGAGGGAAGCAAACAUCUGGAAACAGAAUUCUGGAAUGCCUUUAAACUGGGAGAUGAGAGGUACUGAAAAGUGAGUCAGUGGCAAUCAUGUGACAAUAUGUUUGGCCUCCCCGAGCAGACAGGCCCCACACGCCUCCUGAAGAGAAAGAGGGCUCUACUGCAACUACAGUUAACCUCACCGACCUCUGACCCUGUGACCGGUGACCCUGCGAGGUCCCUGACUCCACAGCAAAGUGAUAUCACUUUCUCUGGUCCUGCCAGCUCCGCCUCCAGCUCCGCCUCCUCUGUGCCUACACUGUCUGACAGUGGCCGCUAUUCACCCAAUGAGAUCACAGCCUCUGACCUGCAGGAGAGCUCCAGCACUGACUGGUCAGAGCUGAGUGUGGACGAACCUGUCUGUGAUGAGGAACUCGUUAAGUCUCCAUCUUCUCUUUCCCUGCUCAGUGUUGCCAGUACAUUUCUCCCCAGUCCUCCGCCAGACACCAUCAGCACGUGCUCCAACACACGCAUAGGCGUUGCUCGUGGCAAACCUGGUUGGUUCCUCCCCUCCUGGGUGCUGAGAGUUUCCUACCUGCUGGUGGCUGUGGUGCUGGGGAGUAGUCUGGCUGUCAUGGGCCUGUAUGGAAGCAGGUUUUCCAGCACUGUGGUCCUCAUGUGGCUCCUGUCCUGUCUCUCAGCAUUCUUCACAUCAGCCCUGCUGAUAGAGCCACUGAAGGUGUUGGUUCAAGCUCUCUUCUUGGCUGCUGUGGUCAGACCAGUGGAUCCGGAGGUGGAGGACCUGCUGGCUCAGGAAAUACCUGUGAGAAAGAUGAAUGAAGGUCAGGUGGGCAAAGUACGCCCACCCUACGGGUACGGCCUGCUCCAGGCCAGGGAGGAAGCACGCAAAGUACGAACACUGAGAGCCCUAAUGAAGAGCUGCAUGGUCCAUUUGCUUUUCCUUCUGGUUGUUCUGAUGGUAAACUACCAGGAGACUGUUCCGGAAGCUAACAGCAGACUCCUCCACUCUGCGGUAAAACUCUCACUGCUCAGAGUCACACCAGGGCAUGUGGACUUUACGGCAUUAGAAGGAUGGCCAGAGACUUGGCAGUGGCUGGAUCAAAACCUGGUGUCACAUCUCUACCACAACCCCUCCCUCCUCCUGGUUGGGUUACCGCGGGUACAGAGAGUGCGAUUUCAGGACUUCUGCGGGGGAAACUUCAAAGAUUCUUUGAAAUUUGGCUCUCCAUCUUUGAUGCUGACUGCACCGCUUUCGUCACACACCAACACUGAACAUCAGAGAGGCUCAAGGCCUCGCGAUUCCACUGCUCCUCUCCUCUCAUGUGAAAGAGAGGGAACAGUCUUGGGAAACAGCAGCGUAUCCACUCGCCAGAUCUUGAGUGAUCUACAGAACAUCAAGUGGGGCACACGAGAGAUGGAGGGUGUGUUUGUUGAGUUCACACAAUAUCACAGAGAAACUGGACUCUUUGUGUGUGUGAAUUUGCUACUAAAACAUACUCAGACAGACAGAAUGUUCUCUUCUGUAAGCAUCCUGCCUUUCUCCAUACCAUCACCUGACUCUGGACCAGACCUACACAUCGCACUAACGGUGCUUCUGCUGCUGUUUGCUCUGUUGCUCCUGGGUACUGAACUACGGACGGUGGUCAGAGAGCGUAUUCAGUACCUGUGGCAAGGCUGGAGAUGGUUCCAGCUGUUGUUGGCUUUACUUUCAUUAGCGACUGCGUCCCUACGUCUCUCAUUUCUCUCCAUGGCGACAGCUUGCCUUUCUGAGCAUGUCUCAAAGCCAAGUACCUUUACUGACUUCUACAGCGCCGCCCUCCUGGCCAGGAGGUCUUCUCAGUUUGCAGCAGUUUUACUCACUUUGCUGAUAUUGAAGAUGGUGGGGACUUUGCGUUUUGUGAGAAGAUGGGUGGUUUUUGGGCGGGUCCUGAGACAAGCCUGCAGGGAGAUUGGUGGAGCUGCUCUCCUGUUGGUGCUGCUGCUCCUGAUGUUCUCCCACUUGGGCUCACUGCUCUUCUCAGGCACUGUGGAAGGCUUUAGGACACAGGAACAGGCCGGUUGUUCCCUGCUGCGCUUGCUCAGGGGGCGGAAGGUCCUGCGUCGUCUCUGCAAACAGCAUCCAGUGGUGGGGCCGCUGUACUGCCUGUCUGUGCUGGGCACGGUGUUCUGUGUCGUUGGACGUCUCUGUGGGGUCGUGUUAGUGCGGAUGUAUGCCACGGUUAAGGCUGAGAUCCACCGACCUUCCAUUGAGCCCCAAGACUACGAGAUGGUGGAGUUCUUUAUCAAGAGGCUCAAACUGUGGAUGGGCCUUAGCAAGACUAAAGAGUUCAGACACCGGGUCCAAUUUGAAGGCAUGGUGUCGCCACCUUCCAGAACCUCCCAGGCAUCUGAGAAAUCCCGUCUGUCCGACUCUGUCAGUCCGACAGAACCUCGCCUUUCCUCCUCUGCCUCAUCUCUUAACUCUGACACUUCCACUGUGUCUGAUAGCUAUGAUGUCCAGGCGUACCUGGAGCGCCUGUUACCGUGUGUCGACAGCCUCUUGGAAGGCUUUGACAGAGUGAACCAUCUAGCAGGCGAAGUGUAUAUUAUAGAGCUGCAGCUCCAGGAGGCUCAGAGCAGAAUGGCUUCAAAACAGAAAAUGCAGGAACCUCAUGGGGUGACAGCGGUGGAGUGUGAUGCGACUCCAUUGACAUCGCCCCCUGUUUCUUCUCCAUCAUCCGCCCUUCCAUUUGUCCAAGCUCCGCCAUCCUGUUUCCACUCCACCCCUCCACGGCGUGCUACCCACUCUGAGUCUACAGUCCUUCAGACCAGCUCCCACCACAUUGGUUCGAUUAAAGACCCGGCACCUAAUGUCAAUAUUGAACUCAGCAGGUUCCCUAGACGGAGAGCUUGGCAUUCAGGAAUCUGUCAUUCAGCAGAUGUCACCCAGAGAUCACCCAGGUCUCGACGAAGCGUAUCCAUACCAGUUCGACCCAGGAGCGAAGAAGGGGACAGGGGACCAGACUUGGAUUGCCUGCCAGUCAAGAGAACAGCAUGGCACCCAGAGACUUCUGAGGCUGGGAGAAAAUAA